GGUAGUGGUGGGGGGGUACAGAGGUCGCGUAAAUCUAUUUGGCAGUAUUGACAGGCAAUUGUUUUUUUACCUUCAUAGUGAAGAGUUUCCCGCACCACGGGCAGAAGUAUUUAGCGUCGUGCUCCGGGUGUACUUUGUGCUUGGUUGGUGCAUUUCAAAACGAGAUCAUGAAUUCGGCAAAAGUAUUUUUCGUGACAAAGCGCUUUUACUCUGGGGUAGCCAGUAGAGUAAAAGCGCAGAAAUACGUUCUUACAAAAUAUUUUCAAGGUGAACCGAAAAAUACCGACUUCAAAAUAAUUGAAGAGGACCUUCCUGAACUGAAAGAUGGAGAAAUUCUGACUGAAGCAGAAUAUAUUAGCGUAGAUCCUUAUAUGCGCGCCUAUAUGGUCGGAUAUAAAUUACCUGUCGAUAUGAUUGGGGGGCAGGUAGCAAAAAUAAUAGCCUCACGAAAUGAAACAUAUCCUGUAGGGAAAUAUGUAACAGGUUCAUUUGGUUGGCGAUCACAUACUAUUUGUAAUCCUGAAAAUUUAAAAGGAAAGCCAGGAUUUUCGCCUUUCACUCUAUUACCUGAUUUAACACCCCAUCCUGUUUCAUUAGCGUUAGGAAUACUGGGCAUGCCGGGUAAUACUGCAUACUUCGGAUUAAAAGAAAUUUGCAAACCUAAACCUGGAGAAACAAUUGUAAUAACUGGUGCUGCUGGUGCAGUAGGUUCUCACGUUGGACAAAUUGGCAAAAAUCUAGGUUGUCGUGUUAUUGGCUUUGCUGGAUCUGAUGAAAAAUGCAAGUAUUUAGAAAAAGAGCUCGGUUUUGAUCGUGCUUUUAACUAUAAAACAACCGACAUAAGAUCUGCCUUAAGAGAAGGCGCUCCUAAGAGAGUUGACUGCUACUUUGACAAUGUGGGUGGUGAAAUCAGUUCGACCAUAAUGAGUUACAUGAACAAAUAUGGACGAGUCGCUGUCUGUGGUUCAAUAUCCUCUUACAAUGAUCCGCAACCGCCAAAAGUGACAAUACUUCAGCCGGCUAUAGUGUUUAAAGAACUCAAAGUAGAAGGUUUUCUGGUGGAUCGCUGGAUAAACCGAUGGGAAGAAGGAGUCAAAGCAAAUUUAGAUUGGUUACAUGAUGGUAAAUUAAAGUAUCAAGAAAAAAUUUACGAAGGCUUUGAUAAUAUGGUUGAAGCUCUUGUUGGCAUGCUUAGGGGUGAAAAUACUGGAAAAGCUGUUGUAAAAGUAAAAUAAGUUACAAUAAAAUGAGUAAACAUACUAUGUAAUAUAAA